AUGGCCGCCACGUCGAAGUUGUCGUUCCGCGCCAGGAACCUCGACGCCAACAAGGCGAUGUGUGUGUUCUUCGCUUCAGAACUCCCAGAUCUGUCCGAAUGUGCUCCGAUCGCUCGAGCCGUCGCGCAGAUGCCGACGGGCAUGGAGAAGGAGGAGGAGAUGGAGUCUCACCUCCAAGAUGCAAUUCUGGCCCAACAAGCGAGCACUUCUGGUGUUCGAGUCGACAACCACGUAAUUCCAACCCCCAAAGUUUUUCCAGUAGAUGCAAACCGUUAUGAUGAGAUCUAUCCUGUGCAACCUCCUCCACCGAAGAACCACCUAAUAAAAGUUCAAGCUUGGUUGGCUUUGGAUAGAGAAGAAGCAGAGUACGAUGUCGAUUCUGAGGACGAGUGUUGGUUGGCUGGAAGACAGCACAUUGAUCCGCGUGCACUUGAACGGAUAUUUGAUACUCUUGAAGCGAAGUCCUCGGACAACAAUAUUUGCCUGCCGGAUACUGCUCGAUCUGCUCUCUUAGCAUUCGAUGAAGCAAUUGUCGAUGAUGUUUAUGACUACUGGCUAACGAAACGUGAAAAAAGUACGACAGUAAGAUCACUUCAGCUGGGAGUUGGAGGUUUAAUACCUCGUGUGCGGACAGAAUGUAGGAAAGAUCAACAAAGUGGAGUGAACCCCUAUGUUGCAUUCAGAAGACGUGCUGAGAAGAUGCAGACGCGGAAGAACAGGAAAAAUGAUGAAGAUUCAUAUGAAAAGGUUCUAAAACUUGGACAUGAUCUACGAAAGACCGUGACUUUGUUUGAUAUGGUGAAGAGACGGGAGAAAACUAAAAUCGCUCUGAUAGAUCUAGAUUCGGAAAUUCUCGCUCAUCGGAUGGGGUUGCUCGACUUUGGUUCAAAUAUCUACAAUCAGUUUGUUGCCAAAAUUCGAGAAUCUGGAAAGCACGUUGCCACGGGUGCGACAAACGGUGUUGCAAAAUCUGAAGAGGACGUUGUCCUCCGAAAGAAAGCGAAGCGACGAAAAAUCAGGACAGUAACCACGAGUGUUGACCGCGAGGUUCCUAGCAAGGCAUGGCUGAAAAAAAAUGCGGAAGUGUGGAAUCGUCCUCCAUCCGUUUUCGCACCUUCUGGGAUAUCACCCGUAGUGGAAGUGGAUCAGUCUGCUCAAGCGGCGUGCGACGCGAAUCUCGACGGAAAGUAUGUGUUUAAAAGGAGACGAGGAUGUGUGUAUCGCAGUCCGCUAACCUCUAACAACGCACCCGAAGACCAAUUGAUAACAAAGAUUCCAAGGUCACAUCACCUCUACGAGACGUAUCUGCCUUGUCAAAAUGGAACGAUUCGUCAGUUUGGGCUCGCACGUCGUAGAUUAGGAAGAGGUGGGCGUGUGGUGUUCGACCGAUUUUCGUGCCGCGAUGCUCCUCGUUUGCCAAACCCGUAUGACCCAUACAUCGAUGACUUCCUUCAGGAUAACUCAGUCAGGUGUUUUCGUGCUCGUCUUCGUCCUGCGGGUGAAAGUGAUGCACAACGAAAAACGCUUCCAAGCUGGAAUCGUGUCACGGAAGAUUUUUGUGAACGGCGUUGGUUAACGAGCAGAACCUGCUCACAUACCAACAAAAGUCCUUCACAGGACUUCCCCAGCCCGGACAGUCAACCUGUGCUUCCAGUGAGCAUAUCGUCUGAUCCGUCACCCGUCACUCAGUCGGGAAACGGAUUAGCGGGCAGAGUGGACCCAUCCACCCUCAUGUCGACUAAGGAGUAUGAAGCCGUAUCAGUGUCGGAUGAGUGGCGGGAAGCUAGCGGGUCGCCAUCGGAGUCAAACUCCUCCUCGGAGUGGGUUACCCCGACAAUAGGCGCACAAAUGUACCCCGUGCUGUCAAGCGAGGAGGAAGCGCGAACUGGUGAUCAUCCAGUUGCGAAGCAGCCACCCGUUAAUGUCAAAGGGUCCGUGGUCGGUGCAACCGAGAUCGAGUACCGCAGUUCAUUCCUCCUAGCGCCGCCUACGGUUGGCAGCUAG